UGCAGUCUCCCAUGGCUUAUCAUGCGAUGAGCAUCUAAUGACAUACUUCAAUGUCGGCCACUUUGAUCUGUUAUCACGCUAGUUUCAGAGUCUGGAGUAUAGCUCGAAAGCCCAUAUAGUUAAGUUAAUGCUCCAGAAACACGCAUCGAAUCAAUAUUUCAAAGCUUCUCACUUUUGCUCCGAGUUCAAGAGCUCAGAGCAAAGCAAGUGGUGUUGGGAUAGAAAAUGAAGCUAAAUUGGAAGCAGUGGUUCCGAAACGUUCAGAACCGUAUGCUCCUGAAGUUGAUGAUUGCCAUUCUGUUGAUGGGUCUUUCUUUUCGUCUAGUGUUCUUUCGUUCCACGGGGAUUUCGUCAGUCUUGGAAGAAAAAAGCCCUUUCCCGGAGAAAACCGUGCUUUCAGAGCCACCUCAAUCUGUGCAAGUUCAAGAACAUGAAGAUCAGGUUCCUCGGAAAGAAAAGUGUGAUCUUUUUACUGGGGAUUGGAUAGCAAAUCCAUCAGGUCCUCUUUACACUAAUCGGAGCUGCCAGUCAAUUGAAAGUCAUCAAAAUUGUAUGAAUAAUGGGCGGCCGGAUACAGGGUACCUACACUGGAGGUGGAACCCAAGAGAUUGCGAGUUACCGUCUUUUGAUCCAGAAAGAUUUCUUGAGAUGAUGAGGCACAAAACAUGGGGACUAAUUGGUGAUUCAAUAUCUCGCAACCAUGUGCAGUCAUUGCUCUGCAUGCUCUCAACGGUGGAAGAAGCUGUUGAAGUUUACCAUGAUGAACAAUAUAGGUCCAGAAGAUGGCACUUUCCCUCGUACAAUUUCACCAUCUCAUUUAUUUGGUCCCCUUUCUUUGUAGAAUCUGCUAUUUUUGAGGAUUUCAAUGGUGUUUCAACAUCUGAAGUUGAGCUUUAUCUUGACAAACUGGACAAGAAAUGGACGGACAUAUACCAGAACUUGGAUUACAUAAUAUUUUCAAGCGGCAAAUGGUUUCUCAAAUCUGCAAUCUUUCACGAGAACAACACUGUUGUGGGUUGCCAUUACUGUCCUAAAAGGAAUUUGACAGAGUUGGGAUUUGUUUUUUCUUAUCGCAAAGCCCUCCAACAUGUAUUAAACUUCAUUGUAACAUCCAAUCACAAGGGCCUGAUAUUCUUUAGGACUUCCACACCAGAUCACUUCGAGAAUGGAGAGUGGUCUAGUGGAGGGAUUUGCCCCAAAACAGCACCAGUCAAAGAAGGUGAGAUUGAAUUGAAGGACUUGAACAGGGUUUUGCGCAACAUAGAACUCGAGGAGUUUGAGAAGGCAGCACCCGAAGCUUCCAGAAAUGGCGUGAGCCUUAAACUUCUUGACCUCACCUUGCUUUCAUUAUUGCGGCCUGAUGGGCAUCCAGGUGCGUACAGAGAGUUCUAUCCAUAUGCAGGCGACGAAAACGCAAAAGUUCAGACCGACUGUUUGCAUUGGUGCUUACCUGGGCCAAUAGACUCUUGGAAUGACGUGAUAAUGGAGAUGGUUGUAAAUGGUUAAGAAUUCAUACAUAGUUUUGAUGCAUGAAAUCCAUAUUCAACCAUUUCAGGCUAUGAGAAAAUAUUGGAUGCGGCAUUCUUCUUUCCAGACUUGUAGACAAAUGGUACAUUCCCACACCACGUAUGUUAUACUUCACUUUUCAGAUCCAUUUGGUUUCAGGAUGCCCUUCAGCUCAUCUUUCCUUUGGGUAAUCUGUUCAGUGUUUUGAUUAAAUUAAAUAAUUAAAUUUAU